AUGGCUCAACCAUUGAUCCUUUGGCGAACUCUCAAUGAAAGCACCAAUGUCGGUGUCAAAACCGGUGGAUCUCGGGAAAAACGUUUUCGGAAAGGACACGAAUACAAACCGGCUCACUGCGCCGCGCUACUGGACCGGCCCGCCUCGGGCGUAGGCGAGGCCUGUAUUCACAUGUACCAGACGCCGACAUACCCAGGCGGAGCGGAGGGUGCCGUUCCGUCUAGUUUGAUGGAUACGCCUCUUACGGAGGAAAGAAGGGCGGCUAGGCGAGUUCGCCGGAGGGUUUGCUCCUCUGGCUCGCCAACUUCUUUGAACCAUGGCGAGUCAGACGAUGCACAAGAAAUGAGCACAAAUUCUACCGAGAUAUCAAGCAGUGAUUGCUAUACUCAGUUGUCAAGUGAAAGUUCAGACGAAGGAUGCGAAAAUAGAAGCUCAGGCCAUCGCAGAAAACGGCGCAAGACAUCUGUGAUAUCCUCUGCAUCCGAGCAAUCAGGGCAAGACAGUCCUUCUGCAUGCGAGUCUCUUGAGUCGGAUGAUGUUCAGAUAACUCCAGGGAAAGAUUAUGUGUUACCGCAAAGGUGUGAUCUAUCUGACGCAGAAAAGAAUAGAGUAGUUGUGCUUAUCAAAGAAAUCAAAGCUAAAGUUACUGUUUUUGUGGCUAUCAUGUUGAGGUCUUACUCUUCAUAUGUGACCAUUCCUAAGGAAUAUGCUGCUGUGCACUUUCCACCUGAAAGUGCAACCAUCACGCUUCGGAGUCCAGGCAAGAACAAGAAGUGGCAUCCCAGAUUCUACAAGAAAGGAACUAUGAUCAAGCUUACGGGCAGUUGGUUACACUUUGUGCGUGACAAUGACGUGCAUGAGGGAGAUAUCUGCAUUUUUGUACCGGCAAAAGGUGGAAAACCAUUCAUGUUUACAGUCCAUCUACUUCGCAAAGAAACAACUGAUUCUCAAACUGAAGUUUCUCAUGAAUCUUCGGAGUGUGAGGACUCUCAUGGUCAGCCGCCCUACAUUUUACCAUAUGGAGCCCGUCUAUCUCCCUCUCAGAGGAGUGCCGUUAAAAAGAAAGUGGACUCCAUCCAAUCUGAAGUUCCAAUUUACGUGUCAAUCAUGACAAAGAGCAACCUUGGUUCCAGACACAUGGUAGAAUUGAGUAAACGAUAUGCCGCUGAACAUCUCCCCCACAGAAAUGUAACUUUGAUGUUCCAGUACAUGGGAAAGAUAUGGAAUAUCAAUAUGUUGUUUCAUGAUCGGAAGUACCCCAAAAGGUGGUACCUUAUCGGAGGUUGGUCCAAAUUUAUCUCUGACAACAGUCUGCGAUUAGGAGAUAUCUGUCUCUUUGAACUGAAAAAGGACGAGAAGGAGCUUACCGUGAUAGUCCAUCUACUUCGCAAAGAGAGUAUUGAUCACCCCUCCGGUGUAAGUCCUGUUCUGGACUCGAAUUAUGUGAGGGCAAGCACAAUGAUUGCCUCAACAGUGCGUGUUGGGGAGGAGCCAGAUGACGAAGAAGAAACUGCCUCUUCAGGGCGUGAAGAACAAGGAUUCGAUGACGAGCCUAUCGAGCAUAACUAUUCUGAGGGAGCCUCUAAGGCACACAUGCCUACUGCUCCAUGCUCAGAGAGUAACGUGUCUGGAAUCAGCCUGUCACCGGAAGCUAGAGAGCAAGCUGCUGGUUGUUCAAACAAAAGUUUUGCAACAGAAUUUCCAAAUAAGCCUAGCUCCACUAUGGAACACAACAGGAUUAUCCACACUGACAGAGCGGCAGCAUCAGAAGUUAUUGGUUUGUCAGACUACAGGAUCCACAACAGUUGUGAUAGUAUUGAUUCACAAGGAGGAGAGUCUCUUGCUGUUCAACAGCAAUCGAGUCCUAGUCCUGGAAUUGGCAAUUCAGUUAAUCUGAUUGCAGUUUAUCUAUCUCUCAGGGAUUCUUCAAGUUGUGACCAUAGAAGCGCUGAACAUGUGGAGGGAGAGAGUGAUGUUGCUUUACAGUCAUCAGUAAGAGUUACAGGCCAGCAGGUAGGCGAUGCUGAAAAGGAAGUUAAUGCCAGCGGUGGAGAAAAUACUCUUGCAGAUCUACCUCAUUUAGAGCCUCAAAAUGUGGCAGCUGUGCCCACCCAGGCUGCAUUGCCCAUGCCUAAGGAAAAAACUGAUACUCAGACAAAUCGAUCUGCCCAAUCAGAUGUAGCGCAAGCACAACCUCCACAAGGAGAGGUAGAGCAAGCAGGUCUGUCUGGUGUGGCAACGCCUCAGCCUUUACAACCUGAAAUGCAAGCAUCAUUGUCUAGGGAAGUUGAAGCUCCGGCGAAUGUUGUAAUUCAGUCUGCUCAGCCUUUGGUGCUUGAAAUGCAGCCAUCAACCCCAUUGUCAAAUAUUCCGCUCGAAAGAACACACCCAAAUCGGGGUCAAUCAAGUCGUCAACCAGAGGCCGCAGCUGGUUCUGCCCAGCCUGCACAACUCUUUCCGGCGCCGUCGAUGAUGUUUAAUCACCCACCAAUUGGUGAUGAACCACUGAAAAAUGAGCUGCACAGGUUACGGUUACACAUUGACUCACUUGAUAAAAUCUAUGAAUUAAAGCAAUCACAACUUCAGACAGAGUGCAGCCAAGAAAUUGAGAAGAUAAAACAAAAGUAUGAUUUGUUACUUGAGGAACGGGAUUCUGUUCACCUUGAGCAAAUGAAGACACUUGAUGGUUUAUUGGAGAAAGUUGUCUUCCACCAAUCACUAGCUGCCGAUUUCCGAGCCAAAUUCAUAUCAUCAUCUGCAGCACAAGCAAAAGCCUAUAGCCGUCCAAUCCAUCAGACACCUCAGGCUUCUCAGCAAGCACCCAUGAGGCCGCCAGGUGUGACAUCGACUUCGCCGCCAGCUGCGUGGUCAUCAGCUGGUCGACCAGUAGUGCCGGGAGGUGCACAGCCAUCACAGGUGGAUCGACCAUCAACACCAGCAUCAUCACAGGCGCCUCGUCCGCCAUUGCCAUUUCCACAAGUGGUCCGGCCUCCCAUAAACCCUGGCAACCUUGUCAGAACAACAGGAGCUCCUACAAGUCACAUGCCUCGAGGUCCACCACGUGGAGGCCAUGGAGUUCCGAGCGCACCCGCUCCUCAUCUUCAGCGCAGAUUGCCGCCAUGGGCGCAUUCCACGUCCCCUGCAAAUCAGAGGCAGCAGCAGCAGCAUGCCACAUCUGUAAGCUCGCAGUCUUCACAUGCAGUCCCCCCUGUGAGCUCAUCACCCUUGCCGCCGUCAAGGUCACAAGCAACUCACCAUGGUUCGUCCACUCGGAUGGAUGUGGAUGUGGUAUGCCUGUCUGAUGAUGAGUGA